AUGGCCGAGAGCGUUGGCGAUAUGAAUCUUCACAGCAGAAUCCGAGGAACGGUGGUGAAGCUCUUCUGUGCGGUUGUUGGUGUGGCGGGCAGCGUGUUCGAGGUGGAUAUCGACGAUGGUGUGUCAGUUGCUGCGUUGAAGAAAGCGAUCAAGGGGGAGAAUCCAGCAACGAUCACUUGCGACGCCAAGGACCUGCAACCCUUCCUGGCGAAAAAGGACGAGGCGUGGCAGCGGUGACGGUCGAUGAAGCUGAUAAGGUACCUGUGAUGCUAGAUGAGCAUGGAAACCGCCACAACUUCGUGAAGAUGAACCCCUUGCUGUGGAUCAAGAACAAUCAGCACUUUGGGGAGAAUUUUAGACCAGGUGAGGACCAAGUUCAUGUGCUGGUGGUGGUUCCAGAGUGAACGCAGCGACAGAUUGGUGGAGCUAUUGUGUCAGCGGUGUCACCGGGCGAGAACGAAAGACGCUUUCAGAAGUUCAACGUACGCAUUGAGCACUCCGAGUUGGAACAUGAAGGAGGAGUUCCGUCAACAUACACGACAUAUCGAACAGACACGGUCAAAACAUUUGCAAGCCUUCUUGAUCGCAUUCCGUUGAUAUUCAUCCGCGCUCCCGCUUUGUCCGGAAAGACGGCCAUGUGCGAUCUAUUCUACAACCACAUUGUUGAUUCCAAGCCAAAUACACUUGUCGCUCGCGUAUGUGAAUCUUUGAUGCCUGAUACCGACAAUUUUUGCUAAUAUUUCAAGUCAAUGUACGACUGUGAUUUUCAGACAU